AUGUCAUUUGUUCGUACCGUGUCCUGGCUUCGCCGCUGCUCGAGCGCUUCUGUUCAUGGAUUCCUUCUUCUUCACGGCAAUGCUGCCCCCAAGACCGCAAUUUCCUGCCGUCCACCUUCUAAUUCUCGCUUCUUUUCUUCUCAUGGUGCACCAUCGUAUGCUGAAGCUAAAGAGAAUAAGUUGAACUUGGUGCGGAAGAACUUCCCGGUCUUUCGCAUCGUUCAAGAUUGGAAGAAUAAGUUUUUUCCAGGGAAAGAAGUAUCUAGUGUGGAUGAUACAGAAAAGACGACUCCUUCUGCCAUUGAUUUGGCCUUCAACUCGGUGGUGAAGGUGUUCACCGUCUAUAGCAAGCCAAGAAUUUUUCAACCUUGGCAGAUUAGUAUGCAGAGUCAAUGCACCGGCUCUGGAUUUGUAAUCUCAGGAAAGAAGAUCCUUACGAAUGCUCAUGUAGUCGCUGAUCACACAUCCGUUAAAGUCCGAAAGCAUGGUUCACCCACAAAGUACAAAGCAAAAGUUCAAGCGAUUGGUCAUGAAUGUGAUUUGGCCAUCUUGGAGAUCGAUAGCGAAGAAUUUUGGGAAGGUCUGAAUGUUUUAGAGCUUGGAGACAUACCCUGCCAAAUGGAUUCUGUGGCCGUCGUUGGCUAUCCGGAAGGUGGUGAUAGUAUAUCGGUUACAAAAGGUGUUGUGUCUAGAGUUGAACUGAGAAAAUACAGUCACAGCUCCACGGAGCUAUUGAAAAUACAAAUAGAUGCAGCUAUCAAUUCUGGAAACAGUGGUGGUCCGGUGAUCAUGGGAAACAAAGUCGCUGGUGUAGCAUUUGAAAGCCUUUGGUCGUCUGAUAAUAUAGGCUACAUAAUUCCAACUCCAGUGAUUAGGCAUUUUUUAAAUGGUGUAGAAGAAAGUGGUAAACACAUUAGUUUCUGCUCAAUGAAUUUAUCAUAUCAAACUAUGGAGCAUGCCCAAACCCGUGACUGCUUACAGAUGAGCAAAGAAAUGACAGGGAUUCUCGUAAACCAAAUAAACCCGCUUGCGGAUGCUCACAAAGUUCUGAAAAAAUAUGAUGUUAUCCUCGCAAUUGAUGGUGUUCCGAUAGGAAAUGAUAGUAGAGUUCCUCUUCGUAAACAGGAACGAAUAAGUUUCAAGCAUUUGGUUUCUAUGAAGAAAUCAAGUGAUACAGCGUUAAUUAAAGUCUUAAGAGAAGGAAAAGAGUAUGAGUUCAAUAUAAGUCUAAAACCUGUGCAACCGCUAGUUCCAGUGAAUCAUUUUGACAAGCCACCAAGUUACUAUAUAUUCGGGGGUCUUGUUUUUGUACCUCUAAGCCAAGCAUACGUUGAUAGUUCUUAUGUUUCCGAAUGUGCUUUAGAAAAGAUGCCAACAAAAGCCGAUGAACAAAUAGUAAUUAUUUCCCAGAUUUUAGAGGAUGAUAUCACUUCAGGACUCGGUAUUUUUGAAGAUUUACAGGUAAAGAAAGUGAAUGGAGUGCAAGUAGAUAAUUUGAAGCACCUGUUUAACCUAAUAGAGAACUGUUGCACCGAGUAUUUGAGGUUCGAUUUGGAAAAAGACAAGUUUUUCGGCCUCCAUUAUAAAUCUGCGAAGGAAGCCACUCCUAAGAUCUUGAAAAAUCUCAAAAUUCUAUCCGCCGUGUCUGAAGACCUUCAGCCUAGACAGCACAAUAGUCACGAGCGCCGCAAAGUUCCACGGCGGAGCAAGAAACAUUGA